AAAAAAGACAGGGAGAAAAAAAAAGACAGAGAGAAAAAAAGAAGUCGUUCAAUUUCCUCGUAGCUGCACUUUCUCUCUCUAGAAUACAGCGUGUAAUACUCUGUCUGGGUGGGGGGAAGGAGAUCAAAUCCCUUUCCCCAGAUUAAUAAACUUUGUCACCCGCGCUACUCUUUCUCUCUCCUACCCCCUUCCUAAUCUUCUUCUUUCUUUGCCCAAAAUUCAGAUUCACAAUUCCGAAAUCAACACCUCAUAGCUGUCAUAUUCAAUCCUUAUCUUUUAAUCUCUUUAAUCAUUCAGAAAGAAAAAUAAAAAUUCAUGUGUGGCAAACCCUGAAUUUUUUGAUACCCUAACCCUAGAUUCCUCUUUUGAUUUUGUGGGUUUGCUUGUUUUGUUCGAUGAUUGAGCUUAAAAUCAAAGGGUUGUCAUUUUUGAUGCAAUUUGUAGAUACCCAAUUCGUUGAUUUUGGUGGGUUUGAGGGAAGAUUAAGAUCGAGUUGAUUGAAAUUAGUCCAAUUGGAAGCUUAAUCGAGCUGUCCAUUUCGUUAAUUUCACGAAUUGGUUGGAUUCUGGAGGAUUUGGGGAAAACCCAUCUAUUAAAUUUGAUGGGUAUGUAAGAAAUCGGUAAAUUUUGAGAAGACAAGGAUCUUGCAAUGGAGCCAAGGCCGCCAUUGAUGAAGCUUCUUAUUUUGGGGCUUUUGUUUGCUUUGUUUAUCGUUGUUGAAUCACAACAACAAUCCCAACAACAACCACCACAGCCACCACAGCAAUCUCAACAAUCACAGAAUGGGCAAAAUCCAAUUGAUCGACAACCGCCACCACAACCUCCACCACAACCACCGCCAACUCCUACGCCUCCGUCUUCUCCUUUCUCUCCUCCGCCUUCCUCUCCAACUCCCCGUCUAACUCCCCCUCCUUCCACUCUUUCUCCCCCGCCUUCCACUAUCUUUCGCCCUCCUCCUUCCCCCCUCUCUCCUCCACCUUCCUCUCUCUCACCUCCUUCUUCCCCUAUCUCACCUCCUCCUUCCCCUUUCUCUCCUCCUCCUUCCCCUAUCUCUCCUCCUCCUGCUCUACCUCUGGCUUCGCCACCAAAACUGCUGCCAGUAGGGUUGUCUCCUCCAUCUCCUCCACCGGCAUCGCCACAACCUCCUCCUUCUCCACCAUUGCCUCCCCCACCAUCGCCACAGCCCCUUCCACCUCAACGAUCACCCCGUAUGACAAACCCUAAUACUCAAGCUAAUGCAUUAAGGAGCAAUCAGCGGCAGAAUUCCAAGCUCAAUUUGGGCAAGAAGGUUGGAUUAUUGUUUGCAGGGAUUGCUGUGAUCUUGCAAAUUGGGGUGGUGAGUUUCCUUGCUUUUAAAAGGAAACAACUUUAUAAGAUGCGUGACUAAAAAUGAUUGGAUUAUAAUGAUGAUGGAAUAGCGUUCUUUUCCUGUAUUUCACUUGUUAUUCAUUACAGUACUAAAUUGUUUAGGAGUUAUAGUGAUUCUUUUUUCGCGGUUGAGGCAUAAUGGCGGCGAUCAUAUCGCCUGAUUCGAUUUGAUUGGAUUAAAUUGGUGGGUAUAGCCUGUGAAUGCGGUGAAGAGGAGUGAUAGGAUUAAUCAGUCUAUGGAUGAUUCGAUGCCGGCAUGGAAGAUUCUAAUUGAGGGAUCGGGAUUGGAGCAAUUGAGGAUAAGUGAUUUGGGGUUCUCCUGGUUAUCUACAUUUCUGUAAAAAAUGGGGGUAAAUCUUUGAUUGUUUUUCUAUUUCUUUCCUUGUUAAAUUUGUGUUGAGAUCCAUAUAUCUUAUUUGCAAUACAUUGACUUUACAAUUCAUACUUGGGAAUAUGGAGUUUUUCCCCUCCAUAUAUUCUAUGUAUUGGCUCUAUACAUUUUGCUAACAA